GAGGUCGCAACCGGCAAAUGAGGUCGACGUCUCCCGCUUCAAUCACAACCGACGCAUUACUACUCCCUCCUGAAUUCAGCGUCAAUGGAGAACCAUAUCGAUAAUCCUCGAAAAAGGAUUCGUCUUUCCUUUGCGUGCAAUUACUGCCGCUCCAAAAAGACCCGUUGCGACGAAGAACAGCCAUGUCGAAACUGUCGUCAGGCGGGGGUAGAAUGCAUCACCACCGAUAAGAGACGCGCCGGAGCGCUCGUAUCCAGCAGACGACGCACCGUCACAGCAGAAUCCCCAUCUCAGCAAACAAUUCCCAGGACACCAGACUCUCAUCGUUCAACCACUACUCCCUCUACUAGUCAAGACCGCCCGCGACUAUGGAGCCAGUGUUGGAGUCGCGAAGGCUGGAAGACGGGCCGUCUUCCCAUGAUGCCGCGAUUUGUCGGAGCCAGUACGGUGGAACUCAUGACCGAAUGGCUGGAUAUGGCCUUCUACCGUCUCCAGGGAUCAAAGACUCAUGCCCUCCCUCCACUGGUGAAUCAGGAUUUUGCAGCCGAGAUUCCCGACAAAGCCCCCGCAUUGCCUUCGAUGGAGGAAGUGCAGGCUUGUAUGAAUAAUUUUUCGGAUACUCUCGGUCAGCUCUUUCCAUUUCUUGACGGGAGUGUUAUUACAGAGGCACUCUUUACGACCGAAGACCUAGCGUCUACGAUACACCCGAAUCGAUCCUCAAACGUGUCCCAGCGGGCGCUGAUCUACUUGACGGUCACGGCCGGAAUGAUGGCCAUGCCCGCAUCGGAAGGCUCACAGAGUCUGAUUUCGUCCUACAUUGCAUAUUGCAAUUCAUUGUUAGGCCAUAUUGUUGCCACACGCUCCCUCAAGUCAGUACAGGCUAUCCUUCUCUUCGCAAUGGUCCUUCGCAGCUGCGACAAAAUCGCCUGGGCUUGGGAUAUUCUUACAAUGGGAGUGUCGAUGGCCCAAUCUAUCGGUAUUAAUCAAGUUCGAUCCCCAAGCGCAACCCCUCCUGGUGGCACUGCAGAUAGUCAAGGAUUUAAAACGUGGUGGUCGAUGUAUGUCUUUGAAAAAAUCCUAUCUUUUGAAUUAGGUCGCCCUUCGAUAAUAUGGGAUCGCGAUUUGUCGGGGACGCUUACGGCAUCCGUUCUACUCGAAAUUCAGCAUGACUCGGAUCGGCAAUUCUACCAGGCAUCUACCAGUCUCGCAAAUAUGCUUCAUGAGUUGCAAGACCGUUCUGCAAAGGCAUGGAGGCGAGAGGCUUGGUUGCCUCAAACGGUCGAGCAGGCAAUUGAAGAGAAGCUUCAAACCGGAGGGGAGCUUUUAGUUUUACUUUGUGACUGGCAAGAGAACUUGCCAGAUGGUCUAAAGCCCCGGUCUACGGCCCUGCCUAGUUCGUGCAACGGAGCUCGAUCAGCGUUCCUGGCCUAUUACUAUAACCUCGGAGUGAUCAUGGUGCAUCGAUCGACUCUGCUAGUUGACCCAAACGAAUUACGUGAAGUAAUCGAGAGAUUUGCACCGGACAAACCAUGGGGUCAGCGCCUUCUCAGCGGGCCUUCCAUGGCCACCGAAUCAGCUCGGGAGAUGAUCAAGCUCUUUGUUCCCCUCGUUGACUCUGGAAUUCCCAACUAUCUAACGUUGAUGACCUCUCCACUUGCUGCAGUGUACGCUCUUGCUGUUUCCAUCGUUCGCGAGCAAAAGUCACUGCUCGUUCGAUCUGAUUUUGAGUUGAUGAAAGCCGGGAUGCAAAUCAGCCGACAGCACUACCAAAAGCAUGGCACGGUGAACAACUUCGACGUUAUAUUGCUUGACCUGGAAGAAUACAUCUCUCACUUGCUAGUGGCCCCAGUUCCAACUCGACUCGAAUUGACGAGCUGGAGUUCUGCAAAUCCAGUUCUCAGCGACUCCCUGGUGGACGAUUCAAUACCAUUUACGUCUCCUGCAGCACAGUGGGGGCCUUCUGCACUGGACUGGGCGGGCUGGGAUUGGAAUGAUUUGAGUCAUUUAUUUCAACAUAAUGAAUGA